AUGUCUAGUACCGUUAUUAUAUCGCGAAUACCAGAUCCAUGGCUGUUGCUAUGCUUGAUUGGUAAUAUUAUUCAUGUUAACGAUAUAGCAAUUGUUUUUGCCUUUGAUGCGGAUUGGAGUGGGAUCGUCCAAGGUGAACUAUCUUCGCAUUUCGAAGUGACGAAGAAGGAAGCUGCAAAGGACUGCGCAGCCGCCAGUAUAAAAGCAAAAGGACAAGCAAGAAUGACAUCCGUCCGUCUGGACAAGACGUGUAUUAUUACCAUCAAACAAGUUGAAUAUUUCACCAUGGAACUUGCUAUCGUUUGGGUUUUCCUUAUCAUAGCCAGUGGUGUAAUAGUAGGAGGUCUUCUAAUUGCGGCAAUCGUAUAUCUAGUCGUUGUCUGCAAAAGAAGAAAGGAUCGUAUCACUUUUAUUGCAUCAACCGAUGAAACUGUUCGAUUUGCUGAUAAAUUACAUAAUGAUCAGCUUCAAGAGCAAAUUAGUAAACAAGAUGCGGCUCUGCUGAAUGCCCAGUUCUAUCUGCGCUCCAACACCUCAUUUAUAUUUGUUAAGGAAUUAGUCGAAAUUGGUUCCUUAAAAGACGUCAUUUAUCAAGUUGAUCCACGUAGUACCUGGGGAACUAAAUAUUGUCGUAAAGGGAAAAAAAUAUCGACAAACAUGAUUAAACGAUAUGGAAGACAGAUCUUAGAGGCAAUAUUAUACUUGAAAGAUAACGGAUUUACUGUACAUAAUAAUAUUCACUCUGGAAAUGUUAUGGUAGAAAGAGGAAAUUGUCGGCUGCUGGGCUACCAGGAUUUCUUAUUGCGUAGAAAAGCCCGUAACCACUCUCUGAUUAGCCAAUAUGCUAAAAAUAAAUCGGAGAUUUAUGAUGUAUUACUUUUUGGUCAUAUGCUAUAUGAAAUGAUAUUUGGCUAUGAAUUACAGACAGGAAUGCCUUCUGUAAAAGAUCUUCAAAGAUGCAAGAAUGAAGAAAAAUCGAAUAUACUAGAAUUCACCUUUGGCUUAAACAGUGGAAAUAUACCAUCAUUUCAGAAGUUGGUUACACAUACAUUUUUUGCUGAUGUUGAACUUGAAGAAUUAAAACAACGUUACGGACAGGUUGAUAUCAAAGAAGAUGCACGAAUGAUACUAAAUCUUGUUAAUCGCAGGAGGAGCUCAAAAGGAAGGGCUCAACCUGCAGUACAUACAACUAUCAGCAAUCCUGGCUUAAGCUCUCUUGUCGAAGAUGACACAAUAUCUUCUAUGACCUCAGAGGUUGAAACUGUUUCACAACGAUCACAGCCAGAACCUGCUCCGGACCCAAGGGCAGAUCUCAUGGCUAGCAUUGCCGCAAGAGUUAGGAGUAUGGCUGCUUCACCUUCUAGCCCAACAGCGUCAUCGCCUGUAUCAGCGGCUACUCCAUUAAAUUUUUCACAACCUCAGGAAACUUCGUCAAUGGUGACAACGCCAAUAGCUUCCCCGCUACUUCCAACAAUACCCAAAUUACAUAAAUCGACUACACCAGUAGCUCCUCCAUUGCCACCUCAAGCACCAAAAGCCCCCAAAUCGACUAUACCAAUAGCUCCUCCGAUGCCUCCUCCGGCACCUAAAUUACCAAAUGUUGAAUAUAAAUCGACUCCUCGUCCAAAGUCGGCAGGAAAAGAUACCAUGGCUCUUCUUAAAGAUAUUCGCAAAGGCUCAAAGUUAAGGAAAGCCGUUACCAACGAUCGAAGUGCUCCAAAAAUCUAA